CCUGUCGCCGGGAAGGAGGUGAGCGGCGGGAGCCGGCGCGCAAAGAGCUCCCCCUGCUGCCGGAGCCUGAGAGGGCCUGCGGCGGGCGCCCUGGACAAGGAGGGCCCUGCCCUGCGCCGCCCCUCCGGCCUGCUGCCUCCUCGUUGCGCCCAGAGCCCGACUCCUCCAGGCUCCUUGGUUCCGUCUGUCCCCGAGCGGCCCCGAAGGUGGCCCCUACUCCUUUGAUUCCAUCCGCAACAUGCCAGACGUCGAGGAGAAAGUGCCUCUGAAGAACCCAGGCGAUGCAGAGUGCGGGUCCUGCAAGCCCGAAACCUCAGCACCGGCAGGGGAAAACCGGAGCGGCCCCGAGGACCAUUCUCUCUGUCCAGUAGAUACAGUUGACAACAUUUCUAAGCUGAACAAGAUUGGAAUGAAUCAUGAUUUCCACAUGGAAGAAAAGGUUUUACCUCCAAACAGUUUGGAAGGCAAGGUCAAGGAGACAACGCAUAGUGCCUUUUGGGACCAUCUUAAAGAACAGUUGUCAGCUACUCCCCCAGACUUCAGUUGUGCUCUUGAACUUCUGAAAGAAAUUAAAGAGAUCUUGCUCUCGCUGCUGUCACCACGCCAGGGCCGCCUGAGAAGUGAGAUCGAGGAGGCACUGGGCGCGGAGCUGCUCCAGCGGAAGGCCGAGGGCGGGGCUCUGAGCCUCCCGCAUCUCUCUAAGUACAUUCUUGGCAUGAUGACUUUGCUGUGCGCGCCAGUUCGAGACGAGGUGGUGCAGAAACUGGAGAACAUUACGGACCCUGUUUGGCUACUGAGGGUAUAUUAUAUUUUCUGUGUCAGGGGGAUCUUCCAGGUCCUGGGCCUGAUGAAAAUGGACAUGGUGAACUACACCAUGCAGAGCCUUCAGCCCCACCUGCAGGAACAUUCCAGCCAGCGUGAACAGUCCACAUUCCAAGAACUCCUCAAUAAGCAGCCAAGCCUCCUCAGUCACACCACCAGGUGGCUGACCCAAGCGGCUGCGGACCUCACCACGCCGCCUCCCACUUGCCCAGACACUUCCGACUCCGCCAGCGUGGUCAGCUUCUCUCCGAGCGAGGCGGCCAUCGGCCCGGAGCCCCUCAGCCCUACCAUGGUGCUGUCCCAGGGGUUCCUGAACCUCCUUCUCCGGGACCCUGAAGACGAGGAUUUCCCUGAGACCCUGCUGACAGACAGAGCGCAGCUGCAGGAGCUCAGGUCCCAGUUGCGCCAGCUCACCGUCCUGGCCUCAGUCCUGCUGGUGGCCAGGAGCUUCUCUGGCAGCGUGUUGUUUGGCUCCCCCCAGUUUGUGGAUAAGCUGAAGCAGAUAACCAAAGACCUGAUGGAGGAGUUCAAGUUCAGGCCAGAGGAGGCUCUGCAGACUGUGAGUGAGCAGGUGUCUCAGGAAAUGCACCGGAGCCUCGAGAACAUGGGCCUUGCUGCUCUGAGCAGUGAAAACACGGCAUCUCUGAUAGGACAGCUCCAGAACAUUGUCGAGAAGGAGAACUGUGUCCGCAGUGUCAUUGAUCAGCGGGUCCAUUUGUUUCUCAAAUGCUGUUUGGUCCUUGGUGUUCAGCGAUCCCUGUUGGAUCUCCCCGGAGGCCUUACCGUCAUUGACGCAGAACUGGCAGAACUGGGCCAGAAGUUUGUCAGCCUGACGCACCACAAUCAGAAGGUGUUUGGCCCCUACUACACGGAGAUCCUAAAAACCCUCAUCCCUCCAGCCCAGCCGCUGGAAACAGAAGUGGAGUCUCUCUGAUAGCACCGGCUCAACGCCCUGGCGCCGUGGACCCAGGAGAGCUCCUCACCGCUUUCCUGGGGUGACCUCACCACCGACUGCAGAGCCGGAAGCCCUCUCCCCUCCUGCAGCCGGCACACCAGGGCUGUAGUGAUCAGCAUGUAAACACCAGCUGGCCCAAACUCGUUCACUAAUAAACUUCUGAACUGCAAGGAAACCUCCAGUCUUCCAGUGCCGCCGCUAUGCCUGAGCCCCGUGCUCUGGGCCCCCAGCUAGCAGAGAAGCCAAAAGACCCCCAGUUUUUCCUCCACUGGCCAGGGGCUCCCUUUGGCACACAGAGCUGAGAAGCCGAGACACUGGGGUGCUAGCAUUAUUUCUCUGAGAAGUCUCUAGGAUUAUCCAAAAUGUGACUAUAAGGGCGUCUCUGGAAAUCAGAAAUUAGUUUUGUCCAGUUCAGCUGAGGAUAGGGUGCGGUUGAAAUAAGUUCUUAGAAACCUCAUUUCUAGGACCGAAUUCCCCCGAAGGUUCCAAACGAUGCAAGAGCCAGUAGGAGUGUGUUGCAGUGUCUGCAGCAGGUUCCGUGAAGAGAAACACAGAGAACAUUUCAGGAACGGAGGGAGCUGCAGCCGACACACAGAGCCUAGGAGGAACAACAGAAGGCGGAUUUGAGCUCCUAGCGCUGGCGAGUUCCUCAUCGACUUCCUUUUUAGAGAGCCUCGAUGGGUGACACAGCCGGAUGGCCGCGCAGCCAUGGCCAGGCGUGCUGGAGGCCGGGGCAGACAUCCUCAGGAUGGGGAAGCCCUGGAAAAGGGUGUGUUUCAUAAACAGUGAAGCUUGCCUAGAUGGAUUUCUCUGAUUUGCAAGGAUUAAUUUGAAUUUCUUAACCCACAUUUUGGAAGCCUCAUUAUCUUAGAAGCAGAAAUGCUCUGAAGGGACCCUUGUGAAAAGGCCUGGUUGUGGGUGCAGACACGGAGCCGACAACAGAACCCUGCUCUAUACUUCAUGAUUAAAAUCUGAGAUGAUUGA